CCCCGUUUCGUGUCCGUUAUUGCAGCGAGCCAUCUUACCUCAGACGCCGAUCAUUACUUCUUCUAGUAAUUUCAAUAGUAUCGUGUCGUGUAAGCAUAAGGUUUCAGUGGACAAAGCAACGUUAUUUUACAUAUAUUCAGUAUGGUAGGGACAAGGGUCUAUGUCGGUGGGCUUCCAUACGGCACCAGGGAAAGAGACCUUGAGAGAUUUUUCAGAGGCUACGGUCGUUUCCGUGAUGUCCUCAUCAAGAAUGGUUACGGCUUUGUUGAAUUUGAUGACUACAGAGAUGCAGAUGAUGCGGUCUAUGAGCUCAAUGGGAAGGAGCUCCUGGGAGAAAGAAUUACUGUAGAGAGGGCCCGGGGGACACCUAGGGGUAGUGACCAGUGGCGCUAUGGUGACUCCCGUGGUGGUUAUGGGGACUCGAGGCGAUCUGCCCGAGACGAUAUGCGGCACGACAGAGAUAGUGUGAACAGAAACACGAGGACCGCAUCUAGCUACAAGCAAUCAUUGCCCAGAUAUGGACCACCAACACGUACUGAGUAUCGUCUUACCGUGGAGAAUUUAUCGAGUCGUGUCAGCUGGCAGGAUUUGAAGGAUUAUAUGAGACAAGCUGGCGAAGUCACAUAUGCAGAUGCACACAAACAGCGCAGGAACGAAGGGGUUGUAGAAUUCGCAACAUACUCCGAUUUGAAAAAUGCUAUUGACAAAUUGGACAAUACAGAACUAAACGGACGUAGGAUCAGGCUUAUUGAGGACAAGAGACGUGGUCGCCGUUCAAGAUCCUCCAGUUCAAGGUCAAGAUCAAGGUCUCGAUCUCGAUCUCGCCGCCGAUCUCGCUCCCGCUCAAGGUAUUAUCGUCGUUCUCGAACCCGAUCAAGGAGUCGCCGCAGUUCCCGUAGCCGUAGCCGUAGCGGACGCAGUAGCCGUUCUAAAUCAAGGGCACAUACUAAAUCCAAGUCAAAAUCCAAAUCAAAAUCGCCCGAACAUAGCCGCUCACGAUCUAAAUCCAAAUCAAGAGACCGCUCAAAGUCGAAAUCUAAGUCAAAGUCCAAAUCCAGAUCUCGUUCUAGGUCCAAGGCUGAGAGGUCAAAGUCCAGGUCGCAGUCCAAAUCCAAAGCCAAGUCUCCCUCGAAAUCUUCUUCCAGAGAUAGAUCUAGUCGCGAAAGAUCGAGGGGUGACAGAUCGAGAUCCCGAUCCGGCAGCAAGCAUAGCAAAAGCCGCAGCCGUUCACGAUCACCGAUGAAUGGUGAUAAAUCGCCUGAAAGUAAUAAACUGGUGAAAGCCGAUUAGAAGGAGAGUGUGAAGAAGAAAACAAUGUCUUGUGAGCAGGAGGAAAUGAGAGUUUCGGAGGAGAACUUUCCUCUUUCCGUUUCCUUUUUUCUAUAAUUAUAAAAAAAACAAAAAGAAAAAAAUAUUCAAAAAGCCAAUUUUUCAUGCCUUUGUUUUUAAGACACGUCGAUUAGUUUUUUAACAUUAUUAUUACUUAAGAGGACGGGCGAAUAAAAUUUUAAUGGGAAAGUAUUUGUAAAAUUUAAGACAAGGAACUAUAUAAUUAACGCUCAUCGGCUUAAUUAAUCACCUGACGACCUUGUAUAUGAUUUACUUAAUGGAACCAAUCUUGUGCAUUGGUUUCAUACGAUUUCAUUUGUGUACUAUAUUUGGAGAGACAGAAAAUUCGCAUUUAGAGAUGUAAGAUGUCUUCAUACGUACCUUACACGGACUCUACACAUUUUUCGAUGUAUCGCCGUAUAUCAAGGAAUUCCCUGUAAUGGCUUUUUGUAUAUAUUCCUAACAGUCACAUUACGAUAAGAGAAGUAUGUAAUGUGCAUUAAAUUUAGUGGUAAGAGGUAUGUUAUCAAUAAAAUUUCACGCCAAGCCUA